UCUGUGGCACUACCAAAUCAGUACAUUUCAGCUGAUUAAAGGAACGACAAUGGUUCCAGCUUUCCUUCUUGGACUCUGUCUCCUUUUACAAAUUGGUUUCACGAGCUCUUUGCGAGCGAGCACUGUUCGUGAACUAAGCGGAUUGUAUUCGAAGACGAAGUAUUAUUCAUCUUCGCUAAAUGCUGGCGCGGACGCCGCCAUACCUCCAAAAAUCUCUGCUACAUGUCAGAAAGCCGUUAGAAAUCUCCGCUCUUCAGGGUUAAUUGGAAAAUAUAUUGAUGCAACAGGGAGACCAAACAGUGGUCUUACCCUGGGUAACCUGGUAUGGCUUGGGUCUUAUGAAACAUGCAAAACUAUUCCUGAUGCACAGUACUGCCUGGCCCCAGGUGUCACAUUCACAAUAAACAUUGAGGGAAAUAUUACAAAACUUCCGUAUAUCUCGUGGGGUCUUUGUGUUCCAUCUGCCUGUACUGAGGAGGACAUUGCCAUUGGGAUUGGUACUAUUGCUAAAGUUGUAAUGCCAGAUCUACCUUACCUUGGGGGGAACAUCACCCUAAGUGGCGUAUUCUGUGCACAUAAAUCCAAGUGGACUAAUGGAGCCAUAAUAACACUUGCACUCUGCAUCAUUAUAGCAGCCUUGUGUUUGGUGGGGACUUUGGUUGACAUGUUUGUGGUGCAGCAGGCGUGGAAAUUUUGGGUUACAUCUUCAGAAUACAACAUGGAUAGUGUUGGUGGUUUAAAUGAAAAUGGAAUCUUGCACACUGGGUCAUCCCACCAUCUGGAGACAGAAGAAGCACCAUUACUCAGUUCUUAUGGCACUUCUAGCCACAAGUCUAUUAAUCCCGCUAUUGAGAUAAGACGGCCCAUUAAAACUGAAAAUAGAGGAUUUGUGGUCAAUUUCCUGGUUUGUUUCUCGAUGAUUCGGAACACUACAAAGAUAAUGAACUGUUCUGUGCCAGCUGGUGCUAUUUCAGCUAUCAAUGGAAUACGAGUGCUUAGCAUGUGGUGGGUGAUAAUGGGCCACACCUAUCUAUGGCUUAUAAUUUACAGAACACUCAAUGAUUUUGCCUUAGCAUUAGACAUUUCUCGCAGGUUUUCCUUCCAAGCUGUGAAUAAUGCUUUCUUCUCUGUUGACAGCUUUUUCGUUCUGAGUGGUUUGCUCGUGGCUUACCUUUCCUUUCGCCGCUUGGACAAGAAUGACGGGAGAUUACCAUUAUUUCAAUUUUACUUUCACCGAUUUUGGAGGUUAACCCCAGCUUACAUGUUUGUCAUUUUGUUUUAUGCCAAUCUUACUCCAUUUCUUGGCGAGGGACCGUUAUGGUAUGGUAGCCAAAAGGAAACACCGUGUCAUGAUUACUGGUGGACAAAUCUUUUGUACAUCAACAAUUUCCAUCCUAAUUCCUUACUUAAGGAGUGUCUGGGUUGGUCGUGGUACCUUGCUAACGACAUGCAGUUUUAUGUGAUAAGUCCAAUUUUAAUCUACAUCAUCUACAGAUUCCAGUUCCGAGGGCUCCUCACAGGCGUGGGCACUCUACUGUUAGCAAGUUUGGUUGUCACUGCUGUGAUUAUUGGAGUUUAUAACACGGAUGUACUUGAAUCUGGUGAAAUUCAACAAGGGUUUAAACAGAAACAAGGCAGAGGUAGCUAUUCUGACCUUGUUUAUAUUAAGCCGUAUUGCCGGAUUGCACCGUACCUCGUGGGGAUUGCUCUGGGAUACUUGAUUCAUGUUGAUAAAAAGACUCCGGGCAAAAACCCGUUGAGCAAGUUACCAAGGCGGGUAGAGUGCCUUGUCGGAUGGUUUCUCAGCAUUGCACUGGGUGUUUCAGUUGUAUAUGGUGUGUAUACAUAUUACAAAGAAGACGGCCGGCCUUUCACCAGGGCUAAGAAUAUCAUUUAUGGCACCUUCAGUCGCUUUGUGUGGGGUCUGGCCCUAGCUUGGGUUAUCUAUGCGUGUAACAAAGGUUAUGGAACCGUGGUAGUCAUGUCGUAUGCAGCAGCUUUCAUUCUCGCCAUCGGUGUAGAAUUUCCCACAAUGCAGUUAGAAAAUGUGUUGUUCUUCCGAUGCACGAAGUCACGGGACUGACACGUACGAAUGGCAACCCACUGGGCUUGAAGAUCGGGGAUAUGGAGAUGGUUAAUUGGACUUCAUUUUUUAUGUGAUAGGGGUUUUAUGAACUUCAUUUUUAGUUUAAUGUUUUAAAUUCCAAUGACGAAACCGAUAUUUAGAAAGCUAACAAUACAAUACAAUGCAAUGCAAUGAAGUUCAUUUUUAGCUUAAUUUUUUGAAUUCCAAUGACGAAACCAAUAUUUAGAUAGCUAACAAUACAAUGCAAUGUAAGAUACAAUACUUAGAGUAUUGCUACUAAUUACGAUACCUUACAAUUGUUUUAGUUACGAGACGUCAGUUACACCACCUAGUACGUUGCGUUACCAACAAGUAGUUACGUUACAUUACUUGUAAUGUUACUGAUUACGGUACUAUACAUUGACAAUCGACGCUACUUACUCUAAUAAUUCUUACGUUAUAAUAUUAUGUGGCGUAAAAAAACACAUUUUCACUACUAACUCUACACCGUAACACCUCCUACAUUACACUCCUUUCCAGAAUCUCAUUCAAAAAAAAAGGUACACGGUUAUGUCGUAAUUACUUAAGCUGUUUUUAAAGUAUUUCGUCACAAUGAUAACACAAUACGAAAAUAUUUGACCCUAAGUGCUUUCACACAUUGUACAAAAUUGUGAAUUUGGUAAUUUUUUUUUACCCAUGUAUGGCACAAAUUUGACAGUAUUAAAAAAGAUAAUUUUUUACCAAA